GACCGUGUCCCUGGCCCGAGCCUUUUCAGCCCCGCCGGCCACACGGCACAGGUCCCCUCCUGCGGCCCCCAGCCCCGCGAUGAUGGCCGAAGAGCACACAGACCUGGAGGCCCAGAUCGUCAAGGACAUCCACUUCAAGGAGAUCGACCUGGUGAACCGAGACCCCAAGAACAUCAACGAGGACAUAGUGAAGGUGGAUUUCGAAGACGUGAUCGCAGAGCCUGUGGGCACGUACAGUUUUGACGGCGUGUGGAAAGUGAGCUACACCACCUUCACCGUCUCCAAGUACUGGUGCUACCGCCUGCUGUCCACGCUGCUGGGGGUCCCGCUGGCCCUGCUCUGGGGCUUCCUGUUCGCCUGCAUCUCUUUCUGCCACAUCUGGGCGGUGGUGCCAUGCAUUAAGAGCUACCUGAUUGAGAUCCAGUGCAUCAGCCACAUCUACUCCCUCUGCAUCCGUACCUUCUGCAACCCGCUCUUUGCCGCCCUGGGCCAGAUCUGCAGCAACAUCAAGGUGAUGCUGCGGAAGGAAGUGUAAAGCCAGGUGGGGGCGAGGGGGGUGGCCGGGCAGGGGGAGUCAGGCCAGGCUGGCCCCCCACGGCACUGCUCCAUGGGCCUGCUGGUGAGCGCUUGCUCUUUAGGGACUGCUAUUUCCCCCCCAAGACACACAGUUUAGGGAAGCAAGCAAGAAAAGAGCCCUGCCACAGAAGCACAGUGGCCCUUCACUCUGCCCCCUACCCCACCUAGAUGCCUCCGUGACCGGGCAUGAGGAACGAUAAUUUGCUAAGAGGCAGCUACUGCAAGUCUUUGCAUUCACUUGUACUGUAACAGCAUAAACCAGCACUCGGUUCCCACCUGGGGUCAACCCAUCCGUGCAUGCCGCCCGGGAAAGCUACCAGUGACUCUUGGCAUUAGAAGGGUGGCUCCAAUAAACGGUUUCGGUUGCAUUUCGGGAA